AUGGGUGUCUUCAUCCAAAACCCACCCUCCCAACCUCCACGCUUACCAAAUAUUGAAUGGACAUAUUCAGUGGUUGGGCGUUUCUUUGAUUUCGCACCCUCAAACACGAGUUUUAUAACUAAUAUUGUUAACAACCACUGGAUUACUAGAGGGUCUAUUCGGAUUUUACGCACUGGAGAUUACUUUAUCUUUGAAUGUCAAGAUCCGCGUGAUUGUGAUGCAAUUCUUAAUCGUCAUACAUCGGUUAUCGACGGUAAGCUUAUGACCUUCCGCUCUAGUUUUGCAAACCAGGUUCCCUCUAGUAUAAACUUUAGUUUAGCAACCAUCUGGGUUCGCAUUCAUAACUUGCCCUGGAGGUUUUUGGAACAUGAAUGGACAGCCAAAAUUUUAUCCCAUGUGGGAGUGGUCGAGGUUGUUGAAGAUACUGGACCCGGUUUGCCGCACGAAGCUUUCCUUCGUGCAAAAAUACUCGUGGAUUUAACGCGUCCACUUAUCCCAGGAUGUUUUAUGCCUCUUGAUGAUGGUCAGGUUGUGUGGGUGUAUUUUCGCUAUGAGGGGGUGUUUAAAUUCUGUAAACAGUGUGGGUGCGUAGGUCACCACACGGGGCAUUGUCCCAUGUCGGCGUACGAUGUUCACCACCUUAUUCAUCGACGUUUUUCGGAAUUCGAGCAUGAUGGGUUGACUCUAAUGUUUGGCCCUAUCGAGACACCACUAUACACAAAUCUUAUACGUGGUUUGCCGGAUAGGUUUGUUUACAGGAAUGCUCGUGUGGAUUUAACGAGAUUUGUGCCUGCCCAUGACCCGUACGUUUUUGGUGAAAGGCAUGUUUAG